AUGGAACAACCUCUGAAGAAACGGAGGCUGAUCGAGACGGCCCCGGAGGCCUCCGGGGUCCCUUCGCAGCAGGAGCUCGUCUCAUCAUCGCUUCCGUUUUCUCAGGAGGAGAUUUUGAGGAAGCGCAGGAACAGGGAUGAGAUCAGGAAAGUGCACGACUGUUACAAGAGGAUUAGGUUUUACAUUGGCCAGAAGGACUCUCGCCUCAUGCCGGAUUUCGAGCAGGCAUAUCUCUAUCUAAUCACAGCUUCAAGAGGUCCGUCUCUUCUUCCUUCCCUCUCUCUCUCUCUGUUCCUUAAGUAUAAGGGCAUUGGUAAACCUUUCGUGGUUUGUUUAUCUUUUAAUAACAUCCGGCACUGGUUCAUCAACUUGCCAAUUAAUCUUCCAGUCAUGAUAACACCAUUUUCAGUGCAAAGCCUUGAAUCAGAGGAAAUGUGCAUAGGGAGAUGUUGACGAAGUUUUUUGUCACUUAUAAUGCAUAAUUGUUGAACUAAUUGACUGGUUAGAUGUGGGUUCUGAUUAUCUAUUGAAAUGGACAGUCGCUUUUCUUUCUCUGUUGGAAGGAGUUUGUCUUCAGCUUAACAUACCUUGGUAGAGGAAACGAGGUUUGUUCCCGUACAUGAUUGCUCAUUUCGUAAAAAUACUGUUAUGGAAUGGGCAAAAUACAAAAGAUAAAUGAGUGCAAGUAGAAAUUUUUGUGAUUGUAUCUUUGAUCGACGUUCUAGGUGAAGAUGGCCGAAUUCCUCUGUAUCUGGGGAAAAAUAGAAACUAUUACUUUUAAUCACUCUAGAUGGCUGAGUAUCCUACUCACUCCAAAAUGACGAAAAUAUUCCCAUGUAGUCCAUCUGAAAUGUCUUCAUUUUCUUGUACUUCCUGCGAUCCAAAUAAUUGUAUCCAACUUGUUUUGCCCAGUUCACCCCCUCCCCCAAACAAAAAAUAAAAUGAAUGAAAGAAAAAAAAUGGUGUUUCUGUAAAGUGUUCUGCUACUGUCCCAGACUUUCAGCUAUUAGCCAAAUACCUGGAAUGGGGGCGUAAUUAUAGAAAAAAAAUUAAAAAUGGGAAUAAUUAUCCUCCGCAGGGUUACUUUGGAGAAGAAACGAUAAAUAGAGUUCUUCAAAAGAACACCAACUUUCUCUCUCAACUAUUCCGUGUGUUGAAGAAAUUGAGGUUACUAGUAGGAACAGUUAUACUUUGAUAGCCUCAAGCGUAAACUGGGGCUCAAAUAAUACAUGUACAUGUAUAACCUACCAAGUGCAUGUCUAAAUGUUUUCUAUAUCUCGAUAUUCCAUUAAGGAUGAGGGAUCAAGAAAACUUCCUAUUCCCUUUCUAAAGUAUGAAUUUGAAGUAUUUAUAUUUUUCUGUGCAGGUAGAUAAAUUUAAAUAUGUUAACUGGAUUAGAAAAUAUUUGUAUAAAAUCCGAAUGUAUAUUUCACACUGUGAUGAAUACCAAAACUGACGAAAGCCUCAGUGGUGGCUCCUUGGUUAGCUUUGAAAUUGGGAGUACAGAAGCUUUUAUUUUCGUAAAUGUUUUAAAUUUUAAUUUAAUUUUUGUUUUUAUUUUGAGAUAGCAAUUCGAUCAGCUGCUUGGUUAUAAUAGUUCUUCUUGUUGUUCAUGUACUUUACAGGCUGUACGAGUGUGCAGCGCAUUGUAGCUGAACUGAUUCCACAUUAUGUAUCAUUCUGCCCAACUGCUCUUGAGGCAGCAGCAAAAGUUCUUAUCAACAUGCACAACUGGAGCGUGGCUAUAAUAAUGAGAGGGGAUGAUUUGGAUGGUGUUGCUUAUCAGACUGUAAAAGCAUGUAUUUUUGGUCUAGUUGACAUCUGUUGUACAGCAUCAUCUGAGGCCUCAACAUCGCCUAUUAUUCAGGGUUUCUGUUCUACAGUUUUCGUUAAUGUGCUCAGUUUCUUCGCUUCCACAUUUGAGGGGCAAGACAUUUAUCUGAUAGGAAGCAAGGCAAUCAAUAGGCUUGAGGAACCUUUGGAUUUGUUUUGUGAGUUGAGGCAAGAAAAGGAGGAUGAUGACCAACCUGCAUUGGAUAGGUUGUUUAGGUUUCGGGCACUCUGUCUGCUGAAAAUACUCUUUUGCUGCCCGAAGCAUUUACUUGGAGCAUGCUUUGAGCUUGUUUCUUCAGGGUCUACUGAUGUAGGAGGACAUAAUAAAGGGCUUUACUUCCUAAAUCAGGUGACAACCCAACUGAAUGAGAUUGAAGUGAGUCAGUUACUCAAUAGGCGUAGUAAUGAAGAAAGUUCACUCGCAGAUUCAAUGCAAAUUAGCGUGGAGGACAAGACAGUUAAUGAAGAAAGGGUUGUAUCAGCUACCAACAAUGUUCAUGAUAAAUUAUCUAAUCGGAGGGCCUGUCUUUUGGAAACGGUAAAUCAGCUGCAUUUAUAAUUUCGGUCUUCUAGCUGAUUUGGCUCUUACGAACUUUGUAGAUUUGAUUUUUGAAUGGUCACAUGUGUAUUUUUUUACACGGAAUGUGGAGGUUCAGUGAUUUUUUCCAAAAGUUUUUAACAACUGUCAUAUUAUACUUUCAUAUCAGCUUCCUUGUCAUGUUUUCUUUAUUUGAUUUGUUGAUGACUUAUUUCAUUUACCUAUUCUGUUUUUUUUCCUUGGAUAAAGACAGAAAUGUAGAGAACCUGUUUCCCCUUGGGUUUUUAGCUGCCUAAUAUGCUGUCUACUUUUGAAAUAGCUGUUUCCUACCGUUGGGCUGUGGGAUCAAGGUCCAUGUGCGCACCCAUGAUCGUUUUCCUUCUUUUUAGGAGUCCUUUGGAACGUCAUCUUUCUAAGCAUUUAUCGGUUAUUAUUCCUCAUUGUUUUUCUUAGAAGCAUUUAAUGUGUCUGUUUCUCCAGUACAAGCCUUGAUUGAAAGUAUUCUGCCAAUCAGAUGCUGUGCAUUUUUUCUGGGUCAUAUCUCCUGAUUUUCUUUAAUUUUCCUUGGCUCGUGCUGUGUUCCAUCUUGAGUUAAAAUUAUUUUUAAUUUUAAAAUCAAAUAACUUACACUGUAUUUGUGCUGCAAUCAAGAUGUCUUAGUUGAGCUUCUUGUUAGUUUGGUUAUUCGACCUGAGAUGCUGACAUGAUAGAUUUUGCAGUAUUCUCAUUCAUAAGUUGCGUUGAAUGCUGAAUAGAACUAUUUAAAAUUUUCACGUUUCAAAAAAGUUUAUGUAAGCAUUUUUAGUCAAGGGGGUUCAACAUGUUAGUAGGUCGUCAUCCUCCUCUCUGAUUUAGUGGAUACCUCAUAAAUGAGCUGAGUUUCAUAUAUUCUACAUUGAUAUGCUUUAGUUUGGGCAAAGCAUUCACUUGUAGGAUGCACACUAUCAGAAAUCUCAUCAGAUCAUUAAGAGCAGAUUACCUGUGUAUUUUGCACUGGAUAAUCCUUAACUUAGGCUGAAUGUCACCUAAGAGAGCUCCUUAGUAUUUUGAACAGUCUUCAUAUCCAUAAUGAGAAUAAGCCAGAUUUUUAAUGUUGCCAUCACAGUCAACAUGUUAUAUGAUUGUGCAAUACUUAUCGUUUUGGGAUGCACUUCGCUUGCCUUUUGGUUGUGAGUCGAAUCCUUCAAUCCUGGUUUUAUGCUGGCUGAUUCUGUGUCAAUUUAGUUUUGUCAAAAUCGGCAACUCACAUCUGAUUAUGGACAACAUUUACCCUUGCCUUGUUUAGUUUUCGGAUCCUAUGAUCCAGCAUUUAUUCUCUUUGAAUCUCUGAGAGAAUCUUGAUGAUUUGAUGCUAGAUAGGGCUUACAAUUUUUUGGAAUGGAAAACUGUCGAACGGAGUUUGUUGGCUUUGAUAGUUUUUAUGAUGAUUGUGAUUACUAUGGUUCUUUUACUCAAUUUGUAUGAUCUGGAAUGUGCCACGGACCAAAAAAUAUGGCCAUUCAUUUUCAAUGAGAUUUUUUUCUCUUGGCUCAAAUCUAAUUUAGAUCUGUUUUAUCCUUUUCCUCUGUUGAUCAAUGAGGCUACAUGUUUGGUGUCGAUUUUGGACCAAAAUAGAAUAUCUAGGAAUGAGAGUUUUCUGGGUCAAAAAGAUGGAUCUUCUUCCUUAUGUAAUUUGCCCUUUCUAUUUACUGGAUUGGAUCCAAUGGAAUAUCAAGGAUAAGUUUCCUGAACUCUGCAAAUAAAAAUAAUUAUUAGUCUAUUCUCUGCAUGUUAUUGUGCAGACAGUUAAUGCUUUAAUUGGGCAAUCGAAAGAAAGAUUAAAACGGAAUGCAUAGCGCUCUGUCUGAUUAACUCUGUGUUAUUCCUUUGGAUAAAAUCUAUUCCUCUGAGAACUGAGAGAGCAGAAAUUUGAGUUUAUUUCAUCUUUAUUACGAAAUGAGACAGAUUUAUAUGGAGGUCAAGAUGAUUGCGACUUAUUUUGUUCUUUUAACUCAGGUCAUUUACAAGGAACCGUCUUUAAGGGAGUGGAUACUUGUGAAGUGCAAAAGGUUGCGCAAUUCACUUAAUUCUGAAGCAAUGACGGGGGUAACUCGAUUGCUGGAGCGAGUCUUUGGAUCCUCACCAGAAAUAUUUCAGGACUUAGAUAAUGUUGAUGAUAUUAAUCAGGAUAAUUUUGAUUCGUCAAAAAACACUAAUCACCAGUACGUUACGCACAAAAGUGCUGGCCAACAUGAUAAAUCUGUCGACACAUCUGUUAGAGAUCUUGCCUCAAAAUCCAAUGACUUACCUGUUGGUGGAGUUCAUGCAAAAAAUGAUGAAUGUCGUGAUGCUUUGAGUAAAACAUUGCGACCUCACUUGUCACUGGUUCCAAGUGAAGCUUAUAGCUUGCCAGUAGGUGACAGUGAUAAGUGUGAAGGUUCAGUUUUGACCGCAAAAUUGGGAACUUCAGAGAAGGAAGAAUCCCCUGUGAACAAGUCAUUUUUGCGUAAGGACUCGUCGAGUAGCUUUGUUAGUUCAGUCACUAGGAAGUCGUGGGAUGACAAUGAUGGUUUGGAGAAGGUAAAGCAUGUCUCAGAAAACAGAAAGAACCCACUCUGUGACGUGGAAGUUAAUUCAGCUGCCAUGGGGUCUUGUGCUGCAAAUAUUUUGGCAUCUCCUAGGCAGCAUUUCUCUCCAUCUAGUCAGGCAGUCUGGUAUUCUGAUGGGGAUCCUUCAGCCAUGGAUGUAUACUCAGCCUCUAAGCAACUAUGGUUUAGUUCACUUGGCCAUGAUGCCUCCGAAACUGUAGUUAGACUGCAGUUUGAAGACUUUGGCCCUGUCAAGCAUUUCUAUUUUUUCGAAGCCCAAGAUUUUGCAUUGAUAGAGUACCGGAAUAUCAUGGAUGCUGUCAGAGCACGUGAAUUCAUGGGUGGUUCUUCCCCUUGGGGCGCCUUUCUUCGUGUUAAGUUUAUGGAUUCGGGGUUAGGCGCUAGGGGAGCUAUUCAUGGUGUGGCUAUUGGUGAUAGUUGUCACGUUUAUGUUGGAAAGGUGUCGAAUCAGCAUGCUAAAGAGGAGCUACUCCAAGGAUUAAUUGCUUCAGGAUUGAAUGGCCCCCGCACAGUUACUGAUCUUACUAGUGAAAGUGCGAUAAUGCUGGAAUUUGCAAGUGCUGAACAAGCAGCUUUAGCAAUGGAGCAUAUCAGGAAAAAGAGGAAAGAGAGCAGAUGCCAUGGACAUGGAAACACAAGCCUAUCCUCGAGUCCAUGUAUCAAAGACAAUAAUGGCUCAUUUUGCCAACUUCUCGUAAGGCACAUAGACUCAUGCCUCCCUGAAGAGGAAUUGAUCAAUGCCUUCUCCAUUUUCGGUGAGCUUAUUGGAUGGAAGUUUAUUCGACAAAGUGGUUUUUGUUUGUUAGAUUUUCGUUCGUAUGAAGCUGCAGAUCUGGCAAAGACUCGUCUGAAUGGUGUGAGAUUUGGUUCAAUGCAUAUAUCUGUUGAAAUGCGAUCAGGUUCCUUUGAAAUUGUUGGCAGUGGUUCAGUAUCGUCGCCUUCUACUUCAAGCAUGCAUAACAGCUUGAUUAAUGACUACAGAAGUAGAAUGUCUCAAUUGUCUGCUUUAUUUUCAUCUCUCUGCACAAGAUAUGGCAUUAAUCAAUCAAGUUAUUAUCAUGUCGCACCCAUCAAGGAUGAAGAUCAAGUGGCAUCAGAUACUCUUUGUAUAAGUUUGCCGGAUGUCAUCUCCCCAUCUUUUGAUGAUGAGCUUAAGGCCUUUUGCAACUUUGCUGCUGGAAACGCUGGAUCUGUUGUUAAACUGACACGUUCAAAUGUGCACAAUUCAUGCUGGAUUGUAGAAUUCAGCUGUGUAGACGGUGGAGUUGCUGCUUUGAAGAAUAUUCAGAGUUGUCCAGGCAUUUUCUUGCAUGUUGCAUUCAGGUUUGCUUUUUACACAUGUCUAGUUCUAUUGAUGCCAUCUUUCAUCAUUACUAACGUUCAAAGAUUUCGAUUUUGUCUCCUUCCGUUCUGUAUAAAUGAUUAGUCCCGCUCAAAUAUGAUGUCUAGAGAAAAUUUUAUUCUGAUUGCAUGCCAAAGCCAUACGUUGUCUUUAAUUUGCGUUCUAUGCAUUGUUUUUUCCUAUUUUUAAUUUUUUAUUCACAAUGAACAUAUUAAGACGUGGGCUAGCUCAUCUAUAAAGCGAUUGACGGUUAGAGAAUGGUUAUAAAGGGUAGGGCCAAUGUCUUGUCCUAGAGUAAAUCAACCGACUGAAGGAUUUAUAAUUGGUAAUCUUGUGAAUUUAUCUUAAAAUACGAUUUUUAAAAAUAUUUUCCGCUUCCAAAUUGUUCUCCUAAUUAUUGGCUUGUGAUAAGCGAAACUAGCGUUAUUUUUUUUCAUUAUUUAAGAGAAUUUAGACUUUCGCAUGUACAUUGCUUAUAUAAUGCAAAUAUUUUUCUUACUGAAGAUAGUUUUGGCUGCAAUUCACUGAUGAGAGGUGAUGCGGAAAGUUUAUGUUUUGUUUGUACAUAGCUGGAUUUCAGGAUACCCGCUCAACCCAAAAACGGAGAACGUGAAUUCUUGCUUUCUGGGUACAUAGGGAAUAAUUUAUAAAUGUUUGGUUAUUUAUUCAAUAUUAAAACCCUUUUAGGAAUGACAAAUGGAUUGCAGUGAAUCUAUUUCUAUCGGUGUGAAAUUUUAAUUCCUUUAAGCAAUGGACAUGACCAUAGCAUCCCUAUGACCAUCAUAUAACUACUGCGAUUGACUAGCUGUCAGGUACUAAGGUUCGCACGAAGUGUACAUUAUAUGCUUAGUGAAUACUAUCAGAAUAGUUAUGCAGUUUCUUUCAGUUUACAGCAGGAAUAUUGGAUUUGCAACUGAAAAGUUACUAGUUGAACCUUUCUUACCAGAAGUUCAAACUUGCUGGUGGAAAUAUGCCGCAGCAUCACUUUAUUGUUAAUUGAAUAAUGUUUUUCCCCGUCUUAUUUAAAGUUUAGUUGGUUUACAUGUGACAGCUUUUAAUGUUCUUUUCUCAGCAGAAGUCCUGCUGGUGGUUUUUAUCACGAUGAACAGAAGAUUGCUCAAGGCGCACAAAGUAUUUCUGGGCGUUUUCAAUCUCUUGAUGGAUUCUGCUCAAUUAAUAUGGAAAUUAAACCAGGGAGCCAACAUAUAGCUUCUUUUCCGAAUCAACCUGAUAGCAAUGUCAACGAAAUAGUUUCACCGAGAAUAAAACUGGAAAAUGUUGGGCAACAAAAGCAAAAAGAACAUGCUUUCCUUUCCAAAUGGGGAGCGACAGUGGCUCCAGACAUGAUGGAAACUGCUGUAAGAGAUGAUGAUCCUAGAACUAAUAUGAUGGUAGAACCACAGUUUGUCGGUAAGAAUAUCUUUGUGCAACUGUUACUUUCGCUCUUUCUUGUUUCUUUCUGAUCAGUAUUGCUUUAAUUUAUCAAAAUUUUAUAUUUUUAUAAUCAGAGGUUCAUGAAAUUUCCCAAGCCAUGGAGCAAAGCUGGAAAUAUGAUAAGCGUGAAAAUGAUCAUCAACUAUUAGCAUCAGACAGUGUAUCGUGCCCACCACCUGUCAUACCUGGAGCGGCUUUAGUUACACCACCACCAAUUCAAUCAACAUCUUUCAUGCAUCCUGUUUUAUUUACACCCUGCAAUUCUUGGGAUACGCAUACCGUUAAUCCUCCUUUACAAUUGAAUCAGAUGCCAGCAGCCAUCAAUCCCAACAAUAACCUUCAUAUUAAUACUUGUGUAACUGUUCCCUUUAUACCCCCUUCAGUGACUCCCUUAGCGCAGCUGCCAGGAGGUUCAGUACAGCACUUGGACCAGAUGACUGGUGCACCUUUAUCUUCCUUACUGCCCCCGCCUCCUCCUGAUGUGCCACCUCCUCUGCCUCCUCCCCCGCCCCCUUUACCAAUUUCUCAGCCUCCCUUUGUUCCACCUCCACCAAGCUCUCCUCCUCCUCAUUUUCAGACAUCCUCUGAAAUUUCAAAUGCGAAGACCAAUGAAGUCUCGGCGAAUUAUCAGUGGCAAGGUGCUCUAUGCAAAAGCGGGGUCCACUACUGCACAGUUAAUGCAAAUAGAGAGAACUCAGGGAAAUGCAAAUAUUCCAGUGCUAUUUCUGAGCCAGCAGAGUAAGGAUUUUACAUUCAGUACUAACGUUAUGAUGAAAUCAUGUAUGUUAUGACGAAAUUGAUUCGCCCUGUUUGAUUGUAUUUGCAAUUGAUUGACGGUAGGAAGUAUAUCCUCCAUGUGAAAAUUCAAAUGUCUGCUAGGCAAUACAGAUGUAAAUAUCCUGAGGUUUUAAAUAGAGAAAGCCAUAGGGCACGAGAACUUGAGUGGCUGGCUUUCUUUACGUAGGCUGUUGGCUAUUAGUAACGAGAUAUUAUUUUUUAUCAACCUUUUCUCUUUUUUUUCUAGGCGGAUUGGGAAGGUAAACUUGUUAUCAAUUGAUAGGAAAAGUGUUGUUGUGAUGAAAGGUCUUGGUCAAUAUAGCGGAUUUUCAGAGUUGAUUGAUUUUGUACGCUUUCCAAUGCUAUGGUUGUGGAUGAAGUAUACCACAAGUUGCUCAUGUGUUGUUUACAUUUUGAUGUCUAUCUAUGAUUGAGCUUUGGUGUGCUUAGAACAUUAUGGCAGGCGUAGAUUUGUUGGCAAGUAUACACUUUGAAAUGUAUAUACAAAUGCCGAUAAACCUGUUGAACAUAAGUUCUCGUUUUUGCACUUUUUCGGUGCAAAUAUAGUUUUUAUAUUUGAUUCCCAUUAUCUAUAGAACCUUUUUUAUAACUGAACUUUUUUGAUGACGUAGUUGGCCGUCUAAAUUAGAUGUGACGAAGCGCACUGCCUUUAGACAUGUCAUGACGACGUUUUCAAGCACUCAACCCCAUAAAGUGAGUUCUACCAUUUUGACUUAUCUAUUUACUGUUUCAUCGAAUCGCUUUGAUUCCCUGUCAAUAGAAAAGUGUAUGCAAAUGUGAAUCAUUUGACAUGAGGAUAUUGUUCUUGGUAUAAAUUCAACAGAACUUUGAUUAUUUGAAUUGCAGUAUAAUUAUGAAUGAUCAAAGACAAACCAUGAUACAUGUGUAUACUUAUGUAUGCUUAUGAAAUCAUGUUCAUGCAUAUCCUAUUCUUAUCGGCCAUAAUGCGUAUCCCACUGACCUCCUGUUGUACAUGUUCCCUUAUAGCGCUAGGAUUUUUAAGAUGACCACUACUGCUUUAUUGCUUACACAAUAGGUUGAGGUGCUGGUUUUUUUUUUUUUUUUUAACGUUGAAAAAUAAUUAUAAGAAAUAAAAAAAUGAAUAUUUGACAAAUGGGAGUAGCUAUCUUUUAAAUGAUAAUAUCACAAGAAUUAAUCCCAUGUAAUUUAAUGUCAUGAUAGUAUUAUUGAAACAUAAUGUCUGAGCUAUGAUGCCAUUCGCAAAGAAAACUCAGAAUACAGCCGUUCGUUCACAAGUGCGUGGCUAUUUGCCGUUACAAACAGGACGAAUCCAUCGUGUGCAUCCAGAGGCUAGAAAUCCAUUUCCUUUUAGCAUGCUAUAGACUCUUCACAAGUGGCAAGUCCUAUGUCAAAAUACUGCCAACAGAUCCAGGUCUACUGGACAACAGGUUGAUCUGAGACAGUAGUGGACGUUGCAUAUGGUAUAAGGCAGAUUGGCAAACCUAAGCCCAUCGAUAGUAUAAACAGGACUUGAGGCUGAUGCUUAUAUCAAUACAAGUGACUAUAAUUCUAUGCAGCCGGAUCUAUGGAAUCUCAUUGUAAUCACACAAAUAUCUCGUUAUAUCAUAGAAGUAUGAUACUUUUACGGUAGAUCCAUGAACAAACCUGUGUGAUUACAAUGAGAUUCCAUAGAUCAGGCUGUAUAGCAUUAUAGUCGCUACAGGAAGACCCUACAGUCUGUGACGUGCAACAGGUGGAGAAAAAUUAUAUGA